AUGGCUAAGCUAAUCACCACCCUUUUCACCAUAGCUCUCCUCCUCAGCUUUCAACUCAGCCUUGCUGCUCGUCCAAACCCUGCUUUCACCAACAACGCCCUGAAAACCCAACAACAAGACAAAGAAGCAGAGGCCAUUGCUGUUGAGGAUGGUGGGGAGAUCAGCUGCGCAGGGUUAGAGAUGGAGGAGUGCCUCAUGAGAAGGACUCUUGCGGCUCAUGUGGAUUAUAUUUACACACAGAGACAGAAGCACAAACCAUGA